UGCCAUCGUCGCGGGCAACGAUAGAUCGUGUAGCGCGCCGGAGAAACGGACCAAAAACAACGGCUACAUCAAUAAUAAUAAUAUGUGUUAUUAAAUUAAUAUAAUUAAGAGAACAAAAAUAUAUUAACAAAACCUAUCGCCUUCAUUAUCGGUACCGGUAUUAUACCGACCGACCGUGUUCCGAGCUGAUAACAAUCGCGCAAUUUGCCGUUGUCUAGUCGUUACCGCGGUACAUCGUCUUGGUCUCAUUUCGCGCUGGUCGUUCUCGCCGGUGUGACAUCCUCCAUUUCGGGGGGGUGCUUAGUUAUUUAUUAUUUUUUUUUUUUUUUGUUUCCGUCCGUUGUUUACAUCUAAUAUAUAAUAAAUCGUCUUAGCCCGAAAGUGUGGUACUCACCGUAACGAGUCGUGUGGAAAUGGUAAACCACACAGUCGACGUCUCCGCCGCCGCUGCCGUUUAGCCGAACCCAAGUAGUGUCUGCUCGUUCAGAGGUAAAAUCCAAAAUUAACAGUCGCCGUCCGUCCGCAACCGCUUCAGUUUCAGGUGCCAUCGGGCCAGACCCAGCCAAGAUGACCUCCUGGGACUCAUAUCUAGCGGUGGCGACGUUCUUGUCGUCACCGGAAGAGUUUAUGGGAUGGUUUGUCGGAUUCGUUUCCUUGUUUAGUUCAAACCUAGUAAGACCAUUAAGACUGGCAUUAACAGCGCCCAACAAAAAUAACAAAAAAAACAGCAUGUUGUCCGUCAACGGACCGAAGGGUACGCGGAGAGAAGGCAAGAAGUUCAGACAAUACGCUGCCGCACUAUCCACGACCAUAGGUCCGUUUGCGGUGGGCACCGUGCUGGCGUGGACUUCGCCGGUUUUGCCCAUGCUGGAGUCGGACGACUCGCCGCGGUUCAAGAUCACCGCGGAGGAGGGAUCCUGGGUUGGAUCGUUGAUCGCCAUCGGUGCGAUCAUCGGAUCCAUACCGGCCGGCAAGAGCGCCGACAUCUUCGGCAGGAGACCCACCAUCGCCGCGCUGGCCGUACCUUUCAUCAUCAGCUGGCUAAUGAUCCUGCUGGCCACAACCGUAAUGGAACUUUAUAUUGCCCGGCUGAUAGCCGGCGCUGUCAUCGGAGGAGUCACUGCCACCGUGCCCAUGUACAUUGGAGAGAUCGCCGAGAGUUCUAUAAGAGGUGAACUGGGAUCUUACAUCCAAGUGAAAGUGACGCUGGGCAUCCUGUACGUGUACUGCAUUGGUCCGUUCGUUUCCUACGAAGGACUGGCCAUCCUGUGUGGUAUCAUACCGGUAAUCAUGUUCUUCCUGGUGUUGUUGAUCGCCCCGGAAACGCCCACGUUCUUGUUGCGGAAGGGCAAGAGGAAAGAGGCCGAACACUCGUUGCUGUUGUUGCGCGGACCCGAAUACGACAUUGCCGGCGAACUGGAGGAACUUCAGCAGCAACUCGAAGAAGAACAAAAUCGCAGCAGCAAGUUCAAGGACCUGAUAUCGUCCAGGGCCACGGUGCGCGCUUCCAUCGCCGUCAUGGGAUUGCUCAGUUUCUUGUCGUUCUCCGGCAUCAACGUGCUCAUCUUCUACGCCGAGUCAAUCUUCAAACGCAGUAACAGCACCAUAUCGCCACAGAUUAGCUCCAUCAUCAUCGGAGUGCUUCAAGUCAAGUUCACGUUCGCAUCGGCGCUGUUGGUAGACAAGGCCGGUCGCCGUAUCCUGUUGCUGAUAUCCGACUCUGUGAUGGCCGUGUGUUUGGGCUGCCUGGGCUACUUCUUCUGGCUGCAGGAACACGACGUGGACGUGUCGGCGUUCACGCUGAUACCGCUGGUCAGUCUGGGCGUGUACAUCAGCACGUUCUCGCUGGGUUUCGGUCCCAUUCCCGGCGUGAUGAUGGGAGAGCUGUUCAGUCCCGACGUCAAGGGCCUAGCCCUGGGCAUAGUGUGCGUGAUAGCGUCGCUGCUGGAGUUCGUCGUGGUCAAGGCGUACCAGAACCUGUUGGACUGGUUCGACCACGGCAUCACGUUUUGGAUUUUCGCCGGUUUCUGCGUGCUGGGCACGCUGUUUGUGUGGUUCUUGGUGCCGGAAACGAAAAACAAGACCCUGCAGGAAAUCCAAAACGAGCUGAACGGCAAGAGGAAGCCGAAGAACCGAAACACCCACCGUUCGCAACAGAUGGAGUCGCUGACCAGCAAGCACGCUGCAAUCGUUUAAACACGGACACGGUUUAUAAUAUUGUAAAAAAUCAUAUCGACUUGGGGUGGUUUCGAAAUUGAAUACAAAAAUUUACCCUCGAUUUUUGAACAAGACUAGAGGUAAACAAAAACAUUAUACAAUAUAGAAGGGGGGGAGAAACAUAUUUAUUUGUUUUAAAAACUAAUUUAUUUUUAUUUUAUUUUUUUGUUUUAUACUUUUUUUUUUCAAAUCAAAUGACGUGUUUAACCGAAAUUUUUACGUGAUAAAAAUUUAUAAAUAAAUAUAUAAUUAUAUUUUUUUUUUAUAAGAUUUUAAUAUUAUUACGUUCACUUACUCGCCACACCGUUUCUACAAUAAUUAUAUUUUUGCAUUCCAUGGCCGGUUGAACACUAAGAGUACAAGAAACGGUUUUAUAAUCUAUCGGCGUUUGAUUAUUUUAAUUCUACAACAAAUAUUUAAUAUCGUAAAUAUUUUAUUUUUUUAAAUAGCAAUGUGAUUUUUAUUUCCGUUUCUAAGUGAAUAUACAGUUUUUUAUUUUAAUAUCGAAGGGUGCUUGGCAUUACGCCAUUAUAAUGCUAUAUAUUCGGUAUCUAUAGCUGAAACGGACAAAUUUUUUACACAAAGAAACUUUACCUACUUAUAAUGCAGUUUUUUUUUAAUGAAUUCCGCUCAAAUUUUCCAUUUUGUUUUACGGAUAACAUUUGCAGUAGAAUCUCAAGACUAAUGACAAUAAUCAAAUCAAAAGUUUCUAUGUGUUAACGAGAAACUUGAUGCCGAAAUAUAAUAUAUAUUUUAUCGUUAUACUUUUAUAAAUAUUAUAAACCGUUUUUAUAAUAGUUUUUAGAAAUUGAAAAAUUAAAUUUCCCUUUUUUAACCUCGUUAUCAUAGAAUAUUUUUUUUUUAGUUGUCCCAUAUUUAUACUAAUGCUUGCUCUACAACUCUGUUUGUGGAGUACAAAAAAAUUAACGUGUUUCAAUGUUGUGUAGAAUUUACAAAUAUAUAUUAUUAUUUUAUAUACAUAUAUUUCAUAAUGUACCAUUAUGAUUUUAUUAUAAAUUUACUUAUAAUAUUUUUGUUUUACGUAAAUUAACUUGUGAUUUUAUGCAUUGGUCGUGUCUCUCGCACAGUUGACUGAUGGAAACCAUAGUUUUAGUGUAAUAUUACUAUAUUAUUACUGUUCCCAUUCAUUUAGAUUGCUCAAAACACCCAUUAUCUUUAUUUUAGUACAGUUCAUAAGAAUAAGUAACUAUGUAUGUAUAUAUUAUUUUUUAUCUUCCUUAAAAUGUCAAUUCAAACCGCAUUAUAUUGUUAUAUUUCAUCAUCUUUGACCAGUCCAUUAUUAUAUAUUAUUAUCUGCUUUUUAUUAUUAUUGUAUGGAUUUAGCUAUAAAAAACAAAUCAAAACUUUCUGUCAUUUGUUUACCAGAAUCGCCAGAAAAUAAUGUGUUGACGUUUGAUUAAUGUUUUUUACUAGCGGCCAUUUUUUUAAAAAUAUUUUAGGGCUAAUGUAAAUUCCAUAAUACUUACUAAACAAGCUCUAUGAUGCUUUGUUUAUUAGAUUUAAAUUAUUUUUAAUUUUGUUACAGUGUGUUUUUCGAGUAUUUUAAUAAUUUUGUUGCAUACGACCGAUUAUUAUGCACAUGUUAUUUAUUCUCUUUGUAGAAUUCAACGAUAAUAGUCUUAUGUACAGUUUACAUUAUGCUCAAGUCGAAACGGCGCAAAACUGCCUAAUUUUGUUGCCAAUCGUGGUUCUACACGUAACAGCCAAUUAUUAUUAUUAUGCUAUUAUAUUGUUGACGGAUUAUCACACUAUGUAAUAUUUGAUUUGUCGUUAAGAUUAAUGUUUGUAAAUAAAUAUUAUAGUAUGUUGUUAA